AUGUCCCCCGCAGGUUCCAUGCUCGCUGUUGUUUUCAACGGACCCAAGAACGUCUCUGUUGAGCAACGUCCCAUCCCUACCCUCCAGAAUGACGACGACAUCAUUGUGAAGGUGCAGGCGACCGCGCUGUGUGGAUCAGAGUUGCACGUCUUUCGAGGCCACCAGUCAUCCGAGACAGGCUACAUCAUGGGCCAUGAAUUCAACGGAACAGUGGUCGAGAAGGGAUCAAACGUGAGAACUCUCGAGAUCGGCGACCGCGUUGUUACCCCCUUCACUACCUCAUGCAUGAACUGCUUUUACUGCGACAACGGCUACUCGUCUCGCUGCAUCAAUAGUCAGCUAUUCGGCUGCGAGGCUCUUGAUGGCGGCCAGGCCGAAUACGUGCGUGUCCCUAAUGCCGACGGAACCUCCGUGAAGGCACCUAGCACCAUUUCGAACGAAGCAUUGAUUCUCAUGGGCGACAUUUUCCCCACGGGUUUUUUCGGUGCCAAGUCGGGUUUCAAUAUGCUCAAGGAGAAGGAGAGAACCAACGCCACCGCGGUCGUGGUCGGAUGCGGCCCCGUCGGUCUUUGCGCCAUCGUGGCGGCUCUCGAGUAUCGGCCCAAGCAUCUUUUUGCCAUCGACAGCGUGGAUAGUCGUCUGGAACUGGCCAAAAGCCUCGGCGCGGAGCCAUUGAACUUCAAGACGGACCGGGCCGGCAUGGAAAGGCGGAUCAAGGAGGCGACGGAGGGUCGCGGCGCUGACGUUGUCAUCGAAGUUGUCGGUCUCUCGCCCGCACUCAGGACGGCGUACGACGUAGUCAGGCCUUUUGGUGUGAUCAGCAGCAUCGGUGUCCACAACGCGGAGAUCCCAUGGAAUGGAGAUGAGGCGUACACCAAGAACCUGCGAGUCCAAAUGGGCCGCUGCCCCGUACGAUCCAUCUUCCCUGAAGCUCUCGCUUUGUUAGAGAAGAAACAAGAUAAGUUUGGGUUCAUGUUCGACCGCAUCAUGCCAUUGAAGGAUGCCGUCGAAGGUUAUGAGCUUUUCGACCAGAUGAAGGUUCAGAAGGUCAUCUUUACACCAUGA